UGCGUCACUAGCGUGCGCCGGGAGAAUAACACAUGCGCUUAGAAUUGACCUUCCUGCGGGGCCGGUUGAUGUGAAGGGUUCGGGGAACCAUCAUGCUUUUGAGGGGGCUCCUGCUGGGCCCGGGGAGAAGGGUAGGUCGGUCGCUUCUCUCCACACUUUCUUCUGAGUCUGCGCUCCCAUCAAACCUCAUUCUGCCCCCUGGUUUAAAAGAUGGACCUUCUAAAACCCAGCGCCCCCCGGUGGACGUUUCUCAGCCUGUCAUACGGCCGUGCAGGGUCCCUGUUCCCUCUCAUCUGUCCCCCAAGCCGGUCUGGUUGGAGUCUCUCAGACACCCCGACGAUCAGCCGCUGGGACUGGUCCAUCUGCACCCAGACGUCUUCACUGUGCCGCCCAGGAUUGAUAUUCUCCAUCAAGUCGUCACGUGGCAGAGAAACUUCAAAAGGAUUAGUCAUGCGAAGGUGAAGACUCGCGCUGAGGUGAGAGGAGGGGGGAAGAAGCCCCGGCAGCAGAAGGGAAGCGGGCGAGCGCGCCAGGGGAGCAUCAGAUCGCCCUUAUGGAGAGGAGGGGGUGUUGCACACGGGCCCCGGGGCCCUACCAGCUAUUACUACAUGAUGCCCAUGAAGAUGCGGGUACAGGGUCUGAAAAUUGCACUGACUGCCAAACUGGCACAGGAUGAUCUCCAUGUUAUUGAUUCUCUAGAGAUCUCCACUCCCGAUCCUCAGUAUCUUGUUGACCUCAUUAAACAUCGACAGUGGGGAGAGUCUGUGCUGAUUGUUGAUGUCAAUGAAAAUUUGCCUGAAAAUAUAUUUAAUGCAACCGUCAAUUUAAAGAAAAUCAAUGUGAUUCCCGCAAUAGGCCUCAGUGUAUUCGGCAUGCUGAAGCACGACACCGUGAUACUGACCGCCGGAGCGGUGGAUUUCCUGGAAGAGAAGUUACUGUGGCACGAUUCCCGCUACACCGCCCUGUAUCCAUUCCGCCUGCCCUACAGCGACUUCCCUUAGCAACGGGACUGCUGUGUUUGUUACAUCUGUGCCGCCGAACCGCUAUUUUUCUUACUUGUAAAUAUUAAAAAUAGAAGAAACAA